UAUCCGGCGAAGAUAUGUAACCCAGUUCUAAGUGACAACUAAUUAUACAUCUAGAUCUGUUUUGUUCAUCUUUGGGGCGAAAUUUAAGGCAGACGUGUAUUUUGAAAGUAUACCGGAAAAGGCGCAUUUGAUGAAGAACGGAGAUGAAGAAAAUAUCCGGCGAAGAUAUGUAACCCAGUUCUAAGUGACAACUAAUUAUACGUCUAGAUCUGUUUUGUUCAUCUUUGGGGCGAAAUUUUGUUUGUUGCAAGGAGGACUUUAUAGCGAUGCACACCGGAAACAAAACGUGGAGAAAACGGUUGGCUUGUGAAGCUGACCUCUAGCAGGCAAUGGUUGGUCAUCAAGAAGAACAUCUUUCUCAGUCGCAUGGGGAGAGCUCCACUUUGGGGCAGGAGGAUCCACAGCCCCCUCAGCUUAAGAAGGAAGAGGAGGAACUUGUGGUCACUCAGGGGAGAGAGCCUCUUCCAGGACUGGAAGAAACUGUUCUGACUGUUGUCUCUGUGAAGACGGAAGACGACGAGGGCGAACCACAAGCCGACAACCUCUCAGCUCCACUGUCAUGUAGUGAUGACGUGUCGUCACAUUCUGCUGAGGAGGAAGACUGGGACCAUCCCCAAGAACAUUUGAGCAACUAUACAGACUGUGAAGGUGAUCUUAGGACUCAAACGGACAACAAGCACUCUGAAUGUUCUGAAAAGAAAACAGAUGUCCGACAGCUGAUGAGUUGUCAUGAAAAACUUCCCCCUCAGUCGCAAAAGAGGACAUCUACUUUGGAGCAGGAGGAUCCACAGCCCCGGUACCUUAAAGAGGAAGAGGAGGAAUGCUGGAUGACUCAGGGUGGAGAGUAUCUUCCAGAGCAGGAGGAAACCGACCUCACCAAGUUCCCACUGACCUGUGCCUUUGUGAAUAAUGACGACCAUAAAGACAAAGCACCCGAGUCCUCACAACUUCAUCGCAGUCCAAGUGAAGAGACCAAAGCGAGGCGGCUUUCGAGCAGCAGCUCACCACAACACCUAACAGAAGCCGACGGAGGAUCACGAGCAGACAACUUCUUUGCUCCACUAUCAGAUCAUUACUGUUCUGAGGAUGAAGACAUGGAUGAGAUCCGAGAGCCUUUGAGCAGCAAUACAGACUGUGAAGGCGAUAUGAGGACUCAAACUGACAACACACACUCUGAAUGCUCUAAAAAGAAGACAGGUAAAAGAUGCUUUGUCUGCUCAGUUUGUGCUAAAAGAUUUACUCUCAGGAGAAAUUUGACUCAACACAUGCAGGUGCACAUAGGUGAGAAACCUUUCGGUUGUUCCGUUUGUGGUAAGAAAUUCACGCGAAAGGUAACCAUUGCAUCACACAUGAGAACGCACACGGGUGAAAAACCUUUUGAGUGCUCAAUUUGUGGCGGUAAAUUUGCGCAGAGGUCCACCUUGAACACACACAAGAGAACGCACACUGGAGAAAAACCUUUUAGGUGUUUAGUUUGCGGCGACUCGUUCGCUCAGAGAGCCACUUUGAAUGCACACUUACGGACGCACACGGGUGAGAAACCUUUUCCUUGCUCGUUUUGUGGCAAAAUCUUUUCCUAUAAAGGUAAUAUGAAAGUGCACAUGAGGACACACGCAGCGCAAAACACUUUUAGUUGUUUGGUUUGUGGCGCUAGCUUCUCACGUAAAAUCUUUUUGAGGGAACACAUGUGGACGCACAAUAUCGAAUGAAAGUUUUCCUCACCACUUUUAAAAGAAGUGUAAUGUCACACGUGAGAAGUCAACUAGAAAAUGAGUUCCAAGGUAGAUUGUAGCAAAAUACAACUUGAAAUCAACGCCGAAGGAAAUAAAAAGUGUUGACUGUCACGUUCAAACACUGAGGACAUCUAUUAAACAAGACAAAAGGCAAGGAAUCAAACAGAGACAGAAUUCAAUUUGGACUCAAUAUUGAGGAGAGACAUGGCCACUGCACUCUCUGUACAGUCUUGCACCACGCUCUGACCAAGAAGGUUUUCGUCUCCUCUUUUAUUCAGAUGUUCAAUGUUCACGCACCAACCCAUGUCACAGCAGGAAUGGGAAGUAUGUAAAACAGUCAUUGUUUUCGGUCUCAUUGAAGUCCAAGAAGAGGAUUUCUCGGGCUUGGGCUCUUCCUGGAUCCAGCUGGGGCAGGUGUUGGAGGACAAUGGAUAACCCCUCCCGUCUCCUGACCACAGCAACUUCAAGAGGGCAGCGGGUCGUAAAUAGCGUUGACCUCGGUUACCAAAUAGUUGGAAGAGAGUUUGUGAAAUACUUCAGAGAGAGUUCGUUUAACACUUCAAAGAGAGUUCCUCUGGAAGUUGAGCAGAUCCUGCCAUCUGUCCGUGUUGAAAUCACAGUGGCGUUUCACGAGCCUUCUUCCUCUUGUUAGGCCUCGAAAGACAGCAUUCAUAAUACAACGUUUCUUUUGUGAUAACUUACAAUUAUUCCAACAUUGACUUUCUACUUUCUUUUGUCUGUUGACAACGUGAAUGUUGGAGUUUUGGAGUUUUUCCUCACCUUCCUUCUUGACUAAGAAGUGUACAUCAAUGUUCAUGAAAGUAUGUUUGUGUUGUGGCAAUAUUUUGCAUUAUUGUAAUAAAAUUGGAUGGCGAUCAA